UUUAAAUGAAAUUCUAAACUGCUGAAACAAGCCGAAACCCCCAUUUGUUUACCAUUCACAGAUCGAAAAUUAUACUUGCGGACUGUCAAUAGAUGCUUCAAGGAGCUGAAGUCGUUCUCCACUCUUACAUCUAAGUGAUCCGAGAAAAUUUAAAUUAUGGCAUUCAAUUUUCAGCAGAGCAACUUUUCAACGCCAGCCUCAUCUGCUCCUGCAUUUGGUGGAUUUGGAACAACAAAUACAGCAACAACGAAAGCUCCAUUUGGUGGCACAGGGUUUGGGUUUUCUGCCCCUACAGCUGCACCUGCAUUUGGUCAGACUGCUGCUCCUGCAGCUGCAACACCUGGGUUCGGCUUUGGUGCAACUACCACCACAACAAGUAGCACUGGUUUCGGCUUCGGUCCAUCAACUUCCACAGCAUCCUCAGGAUUCGGAAGUUUUGGAACAACGCCAGCUUCUUCAGCACCUGGGUUCAGUUUUGGGUCUUUUGGUGGGGGUACAAAUACAUCCACAGCAGGAAAUACAGGUGGCACUUUGUUUUCUGGUUUUGGAGGACAGCAGACCCAAACUCAACCCCAUACCUCAACAGCAGGAUUUGGGGGUUUGGGGUCAUUUGGGGCUAAACCCCUGGGAACAGGUACCACUUCAUUUGGUGGAUUUGGAGCAACUGGAACAAGUUUUGGUACAGCUGUUGGAAGUAGCUUUGGUAGUUCUGGAACUGGAUUUGGAGCACCAGGGAGCUCAUUCGGAGCACCAGGAACUGCAUUUGGAGGGGCAGGCAGUGCAUUUGGGGGGACAGGAAAUGCAUUUGGAAGUACUGGUACAGCAUUUGGCGCUACUGGUACAGCAUUUGGAACAGCCUCCAACUCUUUCCCUGCAGGGUUUGGUCAGCAACAACAGCAACAAGCUCUACAGCCAAACCAGCAUGAGGCAUUGUACAAUGCGUUAGUUAAUGUCAAUAUCUUUGGGGAUGAACGUGAUACCACCUUAACUCGUUGGAACCAAUUACAAGCUGUUUGGGGAACAGGUCUAGGUUAUUAUUCAGCAAAUGCUCCUCCUGUGGAAUUUACUCCAAAUAAUCCAUUUUGUCGUUUUAAGGCAGUAGGCUACAGUGUAAAACUUGCUGCUGAUAACAAAGAGGGAUUGGUAGCCAUAAACUUUAACAAGAAAGAAAGUGAAAUAAGGCCAGAGCAAACUCAAUUGAUCACGAAACUCAGCCAAAUUCUUGGUAACAAGCCAAAUCUAACUGUUAAUGUUGCUGGCAUCAAACCUUUGUCAGAGUCAAAAUCACAAGUAGUCAUAACAGUGCAGGAAAAGGGAGCAACAGGUUCUGUCCACAAAAUACCUGCAACAGAAUUGGCAACAUUUCUCCUUCAGCCAACUCAGAGACAACAUCUUGUUACUCUAGGAGUGGACAAUGUUUAUCCCCAAGUAGCCUUAGACGAAGAGCAGCUGAAAGAAUACUAUGAAAAUCCUCCAAGCGGCAUUGACCCUAGGUUAUGGAAGCAGGCAAUUCAGGACAACCCAAAUCCUGAUAAGUUUAUCCCUGUCCCUAUGAUUGGAUUCAAAGAAGUGAGGUGGAGGAUGCAAUGUCAAGAGCAAGAGACAGCACUACAUCAAGCUUUCCUUGAUAAGGUUGCUGAAGAAGUGCAGACUUUACAACGCAAGCAAGCUGCCACUGUGGCAAAAACAACAGAAUAUCGCAGAAAAUUAGUAGAGCUUGAGCACCGCUUACUGCAGCUACUUGUCAAGCAAGAAAUCACUAGAAAAGUUGGUCUAGCUUUGACUCCUGAAGAAGAAGCUAUUAGAAGUCAUCUUGAAUCAUUACAGCCUCAUAUGUAUGCUCCAACUCACCUCAAAGGAAGAUUAGCAGAAUUACUUUCUACCAUUCGAAUGCAAAGGGAAAAGGGAGAACAAAAGGAAACAGAGAGAUAUACGAUGGAUCCUUCUGUUCAAGAUGAUAUCAAACAGUUUUUACGGAUGCAGCAAGAUGGAAUGCAACACUUAGUUCAAACUAUACAACAAGACUUAUCUGACUUGAAGAUUAUUAAAGAGGGGAUGAUUAAGUUGUUACAUCGCCAAUAGACUGCUUUCUAAUGAAUUUCUAUCAAUGAAAAUCAACUAACAUUUUAUUAUGUUUAAGAAAUGGAUGUAUGAAUGAUUGGACUUUUAAUAGGAAAGUAUUGUGAAAGAAGACAAAAAUUUACAUUAAUAAAAAAAUCUUGAGAAUCAUGAAGAA